GAUGGCAAACGACACAAAGUUUGGAGGCAUUGUGUCCGAUGUAUUCAUUUGUCGCGACGUUUGGACAAAAUAGUGCUGAAGAACUCGAAGAAUAAGAGUCAGUCAUCACAAGACUGGUUGAGACGACAACUGAAUGACCCAUACGUGAAGAGAGCGCGAUAUGAGAACUAUAGGGCCCGGAGUGUCUUCAAACUGGAGGAAAUGGACCAAAAGCACAGUUUGUUGCACCCGGGCAUGAUUGUCGUGGACUGCGGGGCAGCUCCCGGUGCUUGGACUCAGUACAUCGUAUCCCGUCUACUACUGGACCCACUGAACCAACACACGACCGGUGCUGUCAUAGGUGUGGACAUACGGCCCAUUCAGCCCAUUGCCGGCGCUAUACUGCUUCCCAACACAGACUUUACUAAACCUCUGAAUCAGUCAAAGAUAUUGCAUUCACUGAAUGGUAAGUCCGUGGAUGUGGUGCUGAGUGAUAUGGCGCCCAAUGCCAGUGGACAGCAUGACUUUGACUCGAUGGCCAUCCAUGCGCUGUGUUAUAGUGCCCUCCAGUUCGCAGUGACGGUCCUGAAGCCACUUUCGGGCACUUUUCUGACCAAAGUCUGGAACGGCUCGCAGACCAACGCCUUUAAGCGUGAUUUGAGUGUAUUUUUCAAUGAAGUCAAACACUUGAGACCCGAUACCUGUAGGGCUGACUCAACCGAGUCGUACAUAUUGUGCCGACAUUUCAAAGGCAUUCAACGC